UAAGCACCGGCGUACGGCGUUUGUUUAAGACAAAAAUCUAGCUCGUCCAAACUGGAGAGGGGAAGACGGAGAGAAGGUCCAGGCCAUGGUCUAGGCGUCUAGCUAGCAGCCUCUCUCUAUAUAUACAAGGCCAUGGCAAAGCUGGUGCAGGGCUAGAGAAGAAAGGGUUGGAAGGCUAGAGAAACUACAAAGAGGAGGAGGAGAGAUAGCUUGUCUUCUCUGAAAGGAGAGCGAGAUGAUCAAGGGAGACCAGAGGCAGCUUAGCGGCCAUGAAGAUCGGCUGAAAGAUCAGAUGAGAGAUGAUCAUCGGGCCUCAGAUGGCAAUUUUUUCAAGUUCUUGCAAAACCAGUCAAGCGCAAAAAAAGAGGCUCAAGAAGACAAGAUUGCCUCCACGAGGGCAGAGAUGGGCGAAGUGAGAAAAGAGAACGAGAGGCUGAAGACGAUGUUGUCACGGAUGGUGGAGGACCAUCGAUCCCUUCAGAAGCAGUUCGAUGUUCUCCACCAGCAAGGACGAGGGAAAAACCUCGCCGUGCUCUCACUGGAGCACACAUCACCCGCCGACGGCGUCAAAGACCCCAGAUUCGUCGCAUUACGCCUCGGAACGAGUGCGAGCGCUAGCACGAGCAGGCAGAACAUGGGAGAAGAGAACAGGACCGGCAGUAAUAAUCCAGACGGCAAGGGUGUCUCUCUUGGACUUUCAUCGGGCUGCAAAGCUGUUGGUGCAGCUGGUCAAACUGAGAUGAAGGCGCAGCCGGAUGUGCUGACGUUGAGCCCUGGAGGCAGCUCCGAGGAGGACGCCGCCACAGAGACGACAACAACAUCGAGCAAAGCAACGAAGAACCCGAGGAGCACCGGUGGUGGCACGGAGGCCGAGGAGGAGGUGGCCCAGCAGCCACUGGCCAAGAAGGCCAGGGUGUCGGUGAGGGCACGGUGUGACACAGCAACGAUGAACGAUGGGUGCCAGUGGAGGAAGUACGGGCAGAAGAUAUCCAAGGGGAACCCGUGCCCGCGCGCCUACUACCGCUGCACCGUUGCAACAGGGUGCCCUGUCAGAAAACAGGUGCAGAGAUGUGCGGAGGACAUGUCGAUCCUGAUCACCACCUACGAGGGCGCGCACAGCCACCCGCUCUCCGCCUCCGCCACCGCCAUGGCCUCCACCACCUCCGCCGCCGCGUCCAUGCUCAUGUCAGGCUCCUCCACCUCGCUCGGCUUCCCCUCCGCCGCCUCCAGCCUUCACGGCCUCAGGUUCGGCCUCCCGGCGACGGCCACGGACGCCUCCUCCAGCCAGCUGGGCGGCCGGCCGUUCUUCCUCCCGGCCGGCGCCGGCGCGUCCAUCAGCGCCACCCCGUCGUACCCCACCAUCACCCUAGACCUCACCUCGCAGGCCGCCUCGCAGCAGGCCUUCUCCCUCAGCAACAGCAACAGGUUCUCCUCCAGCUUCACCAGCCCUCACGGCCACAGGUACCCUUCCACGAGCUUCUCCUUCUCCGGCUCCGGCGCGAGCAGCCUGCCCGGCGCCACCGCGUGGCCAGCCGGCGUUGGAUCGUACCUGACCUACGGAUCCCCGUCCGGCGCGCCCUACAACGGCGCCGGCAAGAGCUCGUUCGAGGCCGCGCUGAGCGGCAUCAAUGGAAGGCAGCAAGCCUCGCUGGCGUCGCUCUACCAGCCGGCGCAGGUGCAGCAGAGGGCGGCUCAGUUGAGCGGCGGCGUCACGGGCACGGCGGCGCCUAUCGUGCUCACCGACACGAUCGCCAAGGCGAUCACGACGGACCCGGGCUUCCACACGGCGCUCGCGGCCGCCAUCACGUCGUACGUCGGCAAGCCGGCUGCAGGAGGCCGCAAGGGGCUCGAGUGGGGGGAGCACCUCGGGCUGGGCCCGUCGAGUGCGGCGGGCUCGUCGGCGUUGCUGGCACGGUCGUCGUCGACGGGGGUGGCACAGAGCGGUUCCCCGAACGGCAAGAUGUCGUUCUUGCAGCCGUCGCUGGCACUCUGGGGCUCCACUAGUGCUACCGCUUCCACCUCACCUGUGAAAAGCAGGGAGCACAUUAAUUAAUUAGUUAGCUGAAGGUUCUGAGUUGUGUUUCUGGAUUAAUU